AUGUUGUCAGUUGAGAAUUAAAUGGAUCAAUUGAAUCUAUCUAGUGUGGAGUAGUAGCUACAAGAGAGUCCCUAGAAAAAAACUAGAGAUUAAAGACUUAUCAGUAAAAUUGAUAAGGUUAAGACUGGUAGAGAGGAGAUCAAUGCUGAUAUCAUGACAGAAGAAGAGGAAAAAUAAUAGAUAGAAUAAUAAAUGAAAUAAAUGAUCGACAGGUUAAAAGAAAUUGAGCAAUCUUUGUCAAAAUCAUAUAAAAUUAGGGAUGAAUACAACAAGGCUAUAGCUGAAACUGAAAUGGGAAUAGGGAAAAUAACACAGUCAACUUAAACGCUUUUAUAUGUUCUCAAAAAAGAAGGCAAAUAACUGAUAAAAAAGAAGGAAGAUCUGCAUCUAGAAAAUAAUAGCCCAAAAAAAUCCUGA